AUGUCUGUAAAUUUAACUAAAAAUAACGAUUCUCUAGUGGCUGCCUGGAAGAGUGUCGUCGAUGACAAGUCAUCAACCAACUGGGCGGUGUUUGGAUACGAAGGAGGAUCAAAUAAUUUAAAAGUUGUCGGAACAGGAGACCGAGGUCUCCAGCAAAUGAUCGACGAAUUAAACAGCGGAGAAAUUCAGUACGCAUUUUGCCGUGUCAUUGACACUAAAACCAGUUUGCCAAAAUGUCUGUUGAUAAAUUGGCAAGGAGAAGGCGCGCCGAUAGUAAGAAAGGGAACGUGUGCCAACCACAUUAGAGACAUCGAAAGACUGCUGAAAGGUGCUCAUAUAACUUUAAACGCCAGGUCGGAAGAUGACGUUGAGAUAGACUUCAUAAUGGAGCAGCUGGCCAAAGCAACCGGCUCGACUUACAAGUUCCGUGAGCCUCGAGGUAAGGACGUGGGUAAUUCUGGACCAGUUGGUACUACUUACAAGCGCGUUAUUCCGGAGCAAGAGAUCAACGCCACAGAGCGAGAUGAGUUCUGGCAGAAAGAAGAAAUGGAAGAGAAAGCUCGUGUUGCUGAAGAGAAACGUCGUCUAGACAAAGAACGCCAGCAGUUGGAGCUAGAAACUCGAUCUAGAGAAGAACAGCAGAGCAAAUUGCGAGAACAGGCUGCUGCUAAACUGCCGAUUAGCCAACGAACUCAAAUAAAGUCUGAACAACGCACUCAGGAGAUUAAGAAUUUAAGGAACCAACAGCUAGCUACUGCCGUUCAGCAAAACGGUUCAGAUUCUGAUGAAGAACACAAGUCUCGCAGUGAAGAGUUGCGCCGGCUGAGAAGUACUGAGACCCAGCAAUUGAUUGCUCAGCGUACUAUCAAUGCGCGUGCGGUUUUUGAACAAAAUUCAGCUGCUGGACAGAUGAAAGCUGCUUUUGGGCAUCAGUCAACUCCUAAUUCUAAGUCUGUCGUUAAAGAACCGGUUAAGAUUGUCAAGAAAGUUGUUGAUGCUCCUAAAGAGAAGGAAGUUGAACUGGUAUCAACUCCACCAGCACCAGCUCCGGUUCCAGCUCAAACUCCAGCACCAGUGCCUUCGGAACCAGCACUGCCAAAAGUAGAAGCUGUUAAAGAGGUUCUAAAUGUUGAACCUAGUCCACUGGAGACUAAAGACAUUCUUAAUCAUGUACAUCAGCAGCAGCAACAGCAGCAGCAGCAGCUGCAUGAAGAUACCCACGCUUAUAUAAUGAAGGAAGUUGAACUGGAAAGUAAUCAGCCCCUUGAAGCCAUCGAAGCGGAACUUUUCAACCAAUUAAACGCUGAGAGCGAGUCUUACUUAUUCUUUGAUCCUAACAAUGAAGGCAUGAAAGCACGUGCCUUGUAUGACUACCAGGCGGCCGAUGACACUGAAAUUACUUUUGAUCCUGGUGAUAUUAUAACCCACAUUGACGCUAUCGACGAGGGAUGGUGGCAGGGACUCGGUCCUGAUGGCACUUACGGUCUCUUUCCUGCUAAUUAUGUUGAGGUCAUUGAUUACGCUAAUACUUGA